AUGUUGUGGUUGAACGGGGAAGAAGCCGAUCCGGCAUGGAAGUUUGUCCUCGCGCAUUUGACGCAAUUGACAUUACAGGGAAGUGAAGAUGCCGAAGCCUUUUCCGUGGCCGCAUUGACACGCUUGUUACAAGUCCAAACCAAUUUGGAGACAUUGUCGUGUCAGUACAUUGACUUGGUGGCAUCGACAUCACAAUCACAAGACCAAGACCAAUUGACACUGUUCACAAAAGCACUCGAACAAUCCACACGCCUCCAAAAAGUCCAAAUGACCAGUUUACGACUCGUAGUGGCCAACAAUAACACACCCCACACGACACUCGAUCCUAUCAUCCAGGGGCUAGGACAUUGUCAACACGUCGAAUUGGCCAUGCGACAUCGAUCCACCAUUUCCAAACAAGCACUCGAGGCCAUGCUGUUGACAACAACCUCCAACUCCAAUUUACAGUCACUGGUUCUAGGCCGACGCAUUUCCUUGACGACGCAAGAAUUGGACACGAUUCUACGCUGUCAACAGGAGCUACAAACAGAAUGA